AUGAAUCGCUCCUUGCGCCCGUCGGCGGCCCAGCCGUCGCGCUCAAAUAACAAUCCCAGGACCCCCGAGCCAUCGACCGUCGCAGGUCCUGCAGACUCGAUUCCUCCCCCUCUACAGUCGCCCGCUAAACCACGCUUUCGCCUCCGCAAGCGAACUGCUUCCAAUUUAUUGGCACCUACCAAGCAAUUCCUCGCAUCUGUCGCGGCUGCUGAUGUGCCCAUACCCAGCAUCGAAGAGCCUAGCGUGCUCGACGAAGACAUGAUUGACUCUGUCUACCCCCCCUUUUCCAGCCACAUCGAACCAAUCGACUAUUAUCAUUCUGCGCGACAGGCCUUUUCAGGUCGUGCUUUUUCACCACCCAAAACACCCGCCCCGGGCGUGGUGCCUCUUCUCGAACCCCACCAGUUCCCGGAUUGGACUCUCGACAGUACCCUUAGCAGCCUGGAAUCCAGCCCAGACUACGAAUCCAGCCGCCCGUCUACCGCGCGGUCGACGCAGACGAGCUCUUCGCUUUUCAGCAGAUAUUCAGUCGCCUCUGAGGAGCUGAGCCAAUGCGUCAGCCCCGAGUCCGAAGUUACCGAUCGCUUUGGCAGCUUCCUCUCCGCAAACGAUGCGCAUCGCGCCAGCAAGCCCCGUUCAUCCAUCAAAUCCAGAAAAGCGCCCUGGACUCGAUCUAUGAGCCAGCACUUGUGGACGACUUAUAUGAUGUAUCUGCAAGAUCCCAAGGUAACUCCUUUUCGCAUCGGCAAGAGCGGCAUCCCCCCCCACGGGGUCUGUCUCAGAGUCGCCCGUGAAGCUAAGCGAAGUUGGCGGCGAUCAUGGCCUUCUGCGCAAGCAAGAAGCCGCAAUACGACGCCAACGGCGGAUGCGCUCCGUCCCGUUUCUCAUUGGCCCCAUACCUGCGCCGCAACCCGUGGUCACCUCCGCGAGCUUUGUAAAACCAGCACCGGGUCGGCCGCACGCAACCACCGUUAUAAUGCCAACAGUCCGACGCCAUUUGGCAAGACGGCCAGUCGCUACCGGAACCGGCGCUCAGCACCACCCAAUCAACCACACUCUGUCUUUUCAGGCUCUGAUUUGGCCAUGUCUCUGAGCAUGAGCACGAGUGAAUCCAUGCAACCCGAUGGGCCCUUGGCUCGACUAGCCGCGUUGCAAUACGAAUCUAGCGCUGCCGCCGCGCCACCCUCUCUCGACAUUGAACCUGCACCUCUUCAAAAACCCCCCCCGCUGGGCUCUCCAUUUGUGAAUAAGAGCUGCGGCCCUAGCGUGGCCACGCUCGAGGACCCCUUUGGCCUGUCCGAGGCGCCGGUGCGCCAGAAUCAGACGGCAGGCGCUCGAAAUCGACUAGGGUCGCCAGCUCGGCUAGUCCAGAGCCGACCCAACUCUCAGAAGCGCCGCCAGCCCAUGUUGGAGCCGCGCCGUAGUAAGCGUCCCAGCCUAGAGACAGUCUUUUGGACGGACCCGUCCAGCAACAGCCACCGCAGCGAUACGCACUCUUUUGCCGAGUUUUGCUCGACGCCUGCGCGCGAUCGCGACAGUCUUCUCGUUCCGCGCACCAACAUCCAGAAACUUUUCGAAUCGGCCUCGGCGACGCACGCGGCUCUCGGCGGCCCCGUCAGCGCGCAACCCACUCGGCGCGACGGCCCCGCGCGGCUCGGCUCCCCUUUUGUCAUGGCCAGCACGAGCCAGUCGUUUCCUAACCGCUUCUCGAGCCCGGGCCGCAUCGAGAUGAGCGCUCUCCGCCGGCCGUACGCGACGGUCCGGCAAGGAGGAGCCGCUGAGAGCAGCGGCAACAAUGCCUCGCUGGCAGAUCGUCUUGCGUACAUUGACGAGCGUCUGCGCUCGAUCAACCGCCCGGAAGAGGAGCGACGCCGCUCCCAGUCGCCGCAGUAA